AUGAAUAUAACAUGUGUGAUAUGUAGUGAUUUAUUUACUCCUAGUGCUAGUAUUUAUACAACACCAUGUGGUCAUAUUUUCCAUUAUCACUGCUUAUUGCACUGGUUUGAAAAUUCCAAAACAUGUCCGCAAUGCAGAGCAAAGGCCUCGCCAAAAGUACUGGUUCGGUUGUACAUGAAUGUGAAUGCAUCUCAGGGGGCUGAAGCUGACUCUACAGUUUUACAGUACAAACUAGAGGCUGCAGAAUUUAGUAUGAAAUUAAAAGAACGUGACGCUAACGAGAUUGCAAAAACUAAUCAGAAACUAAAAGAACAAAAUAAAAGUUUAAGGAGUAGUAUUAAGGAGCUAGAAUUGGCAACGCCUAGAUUUGAAUCUGUGAUAGCAGCAUUGAAAGACCAAAUUAAAUAUUUCAAAAAUGAAGCAAAAAAAUGUGCUCAACUAGAAAGUGAAGUAAAGAUGCACAAAAACCGGAUAAAGGAUUUAGAACACGUACAACUAGCUGUGGAGGGCAGCAGGCUUCAAGUGGACGAAAUUAUCAGAAAUGAAAAUAAUGUUGAAUCUCUGGCGCUUCUUGCUGCAACAUUAAAAAAGUCACUAAUUGAUACAGAUAGGAAAAAGAAAGAGCUGCAACAUGAAUUAAGGAAGACGCAAAGCGAAUUAUCACAGACUAAAAGAAAAAUGUCAGAAACACAAUUCAAUUAUGAUAGCAUGAAAAUACAAUUGGAAACCUUGCAAGUGAGUCAUGCAAAGGAAAUCUCGUUUUUGAAAGACAAAGUUUCCCAACUGAAAAGUAAAACAUUGAAUGGCCCAGUAAAUGAUUCAUUUAACAAAAGCGUAAAGCGAAUUAUUGCAGAAAGUCCGAUUAACUAUAAUAGAACGCCAGUACUUUCUGACCAACAGGAAGAUAUUAUUGAUUUGAGUGAGACGCCACCAUGUUCUGGAUCAAAAGUACAUUCAGCGUCGGCGUCCACAAUGGAUUGCAAUAAAAAAGAUGAUCUGAUAGAUUUAUGUCAAGACCUCGGUCAAGAUUCUCCUCUAGCUCCAUCAUCCAUGGGGUUGUUUGCAAUGCAGAGAGCAAAAAGAUGUGCCGAAAAACCAGAUGCCAAUAAGUUCACCAUAUUCAAAUCAGUACCUUCAUCAAAAUCUUCUCAAGAACCUGUAGAAAGUGUAACAAAAUACAAACGAGUUAACUUUAGUUACGAUGGCUUGGGCGGAUCCAGCCAACAAGAUUUAUAUCCAUCACAAGUAAUGAAAAAGCCAAAGAUUUCCAAGUUCAAAAAGUUAUCUGCUGAUGCAGGAAAACCAACCAGGAAAAUAUCCGAGUUUAUUAAUAUUUCUUAA